AGUUCUUAACCACAGGCUCAUUGGCAGUAGAGGCUGUCAGUGUGCCGGUCCCACGAGCCCCCAGUCCUGACAUGUCCUACCCCAGCUGCAGGACACCCAGAGGACAAAGGGACUCAGCAUGGACCAAAGGAGCAUCCUGAGGAAGUUCCUGGACGAGAUGCAGACCAAGGAGGCUCAGUCUGAGGAGAUCUUUGCCAGCGAAUAUUUAAGGCUGAAAAGGCUGUCAACCAAAUACCGCACUGAUAAGACAUAUCCCACAAAGGCAGCAGAGAAACAGGAAAACGUGAAGAAGAACAGAUACAAAGACAUUGUUCCAUUUGAUCACAGCCGAGUGAAGCUGUCUCUGAUCACUUCUGAUAAUGAUUCUGACUACAUCAACGCCAGCUUCAUCAAGGGAGUGUCUGGCCAGAAGGUCUACAUCGCCACUCAGGGCCCACUACCACAUACCGUGCUGGAUUUCUGGAGGAUGGUGUGGCAGUACAACGUUAAGAUCAUUGUCAUGGCCUGCAGAGAGUUUGAAAUGGGAAGGAAAAAGUGCGAGCGUUACUGGUCCGAGUCUGCCGAGGCAGCAUUUGAGUGUGGGCCCUUCACAAUUGAUUGCGUAUCGGAAGACAACAAGGGGGACUACAUAACAAGAGUUUUAAAUGUUACCUUCUUCAAUGAGUGUCACACAAUCCAACAGCUUCACUACGUUAACUGGCCAGACCACGGAGUGCCCACCUCCAUUCCACCCAUUCUGGAGAUGUUGUGGGAAAUGCGUUCCUAUCAGGAUCAUGAUGAUGUCCCCAUCUGUGUGCACUGCAGUGCAGGAUGUGGAAGGACAGGGGCCCUGUGUGUCAUUGACUACACCUGGAACCUGCUGAAGAAAGGGUUAUUACAGGAGGACUUCAGCAUCUUCAACCUGGUUCAGGAUAUGCGGACCCAGAGGCCGUCCCUGGUACAGACCAAGGAACAGUAUGAACUUGUCUACAAGGUAAUAAAGUACCUGUUUGAGGGAGAGCUACAGAGAAUGGACAACAGCUCAAGAAAAGUUGAGGUUCCAGAUGCUCCCUCCCCCAUUGAGGUGGACAGUGACAGUGAGUUCUCAGACAUUAGUGACAUCUCAGAGCAUGAAGAGAAACCCAGGCAAACAGGACAGGAGAGUCCAAUGGAACAACAUGAUCUCAUGGUUCCGGAAACUUCUUCCUCACUCCAACCCUACCUGCAGCUUACAGGAGACGGACAUGGCCUCUCUGUUACAGGAUGGUAUGAGCCCCCCCAUCCAGACAGGCACCCCCUUGUCAAUGAGGUGACACAAGUGAGGCACAGACAACAACAAUUUCCACAGAGAAGCCUGGAGGACAGAGUGGCCAAACACCGCAGCCUGGACUUCAGCAGCAUGUGGACACCUGAGUCCAGCCCCAGGGGCCUGAGGAAACCACUAUUAUGCCUCAGCAAAUCAAACCAACCCUCUUGGGUAGAGGAGCCAAAGGCAGAGCUCACAGAGAGACAGAGGGAGAUGAGCUGUGGCCACCAACAGGAGGACAUAGGCAGAUCUCUGGGUAGCUGGCAAGAAAGUGUGAAGUCAGACUGGGAACUUCUGGAGACAAACACGAACCUAGACCCGGAAACAGACCUCCCCCUAAGAGCCGUUUCUGAGGGCUUCCAUUACUCUGUGGAAGAUCCUUACUUCACUUCUAAUUCUCCCCGGGACUCUCUUGGCACACUGGAGAGUUGUGAGUCUCUGGAGAAGCUCUGUGAGGCCAAUGGAAGGAUCAGUGUGGUGAUGCCAACGGUUGACAGCCAGUGGACCAGCAACCCCUGUUACAACACACCCAGGCUCAUGCUAAACGACUGUGAGCUCAGCGGCACAGGAAAUGAUGACGAGUCGCCCCCACCUCUGCCAGCAAGAACCCCAGAAUCCUUCAUCCUGGCCAGUGCUCCCAGCGAUCCUUGUGCACCCAGUGAGCCAGAUGCAGAACAUCCCAGAACUGAACUGAUCUACAGAACUGAUGACAUCUUUGAAGCAAGCAGCUUGCUAGGUCCUGACAAUGACUCCAAUGAAACCAAAGGAUCUCCCCCCUCGCCUGUGCCCCCCUUGCCUGAGAGAACUCCUGAGUCCUUCAUCUUGGCCAGUGAAGAGGAUUUUGCAAAGGCAGAGUCCCAGACCCAGCCUCCCACACAUAAUCUAAAAGUGGGCACGUCUCUGGAAUGGUGUGGGAACUCCGAACAAAAGGACGUCUCAGAAUCCAGCAAAUCAUGGAGACGGAGCAAAAGCUUAAAAGCAAGAUUUUCAUUAUUUGUGGCUCCCUCUGCCUCCAUACCUACACUUGUCCCCGUGCAGCCUGCUCCCCCUGCUCCUGCCCCAGCAGUGGCAGAAUCCCCAUCAUCUGUCGGUCCUCCCCUCCCAGACCGAACUCCUGAGUCCUUUGUUCUCGCUUUGGAACAGGCACCAUUAACAGCAGGUGAGAUGCUGUUCCCUGUGUUAGAUUCCUCUCAGCUACAGCCUGCCAUACAAGUUCAGAAAAUCGGAACCUCCUCGGAGUGGUGUGGAAACUCUCAGCCAAAGAAACUGCUAGAGACAAUGAAGAUUCGUAGCAAGAGCGUUAAAGGUAAAAGUUCAAAACUUGAACCUCUGUCUGUGGUGUGUCCGGCUGUGCACAAUAGCACCGUGCAGGCUGUCCCCAUGCCUCCAGGAAAUGAAAUGCCUUCUGCAGACGGCAGGCCCCUGGCAGUACCUGGCAUGUCAUCGGAGGAGCCCCAAAACAAGAGCACCUCCAAAUCUCUGUCCAGUAUCUCUCGGUCUAAGAGCCUGAGGUUUCUGAAGAGAAAAACCAAGAACACCACAACUCCAGAAUCGAACACCUCUGAACCUCCUUCGCACAACGGGAGCUCUGGGUUUAAAUUCGGAUUUGGGAAUCGCUUUUCCAAACCAAAAGGUCCACGGAAAUCCCCAGAGGCAUGGGUGUGAAAAGAAGGACUCGGUUAUUGAGGAAAAUGCACAGCUGCUCCAGAAGCUCGAAAAAGACUCUACCAGGAGAGGGUGAAAACCAAGGACUGACUUCCUGUCUGGGAUAUCUUCAAUUUUCAUUGCUGUUACCUUUUAAAAAAAAAUCAGGAUACUGGAAAAAGAUCCUGACUUUGCAAUUUCAGAAAAUGACUAGAAAUCCUUCAGGCAAGACGACCACACUCACCUGCUAAAAUCAUGUGCGAUGAAUACAAUACUGUUCUUGCUGCAGCUGUCUAAGCAGCCCAUGUUAUUGGCAUUGGUUGGUUCCCCAUGAAUGUAAGGGUUUCCUUUCCUGCAGUUCUAGAUAGAGAUAAUACUGUUAGGUCUUGUAAAGACAGCAAUAAUUAUACAAGCAGUCUAGCAGUGCUAGCCUAGUGUAAUCUAUCACAGUAGUCUGACUUUACACAAGAUACUUUUCUUCAUGGAUUUAGGACUCAAAGCCUAUUUCAAACACCCGUCUCCAGGAUAAUCUGAAUCUGCACAUCCUAGAUUCCUCCAAGUGAUGAACCAGUGAUCCUGAACAAGUACACAGGAAAACAAGUCUCAAAAUAUAGAAAUAAAAGUUCAGAUGAAAGAAUGGCAGCAUGGUGGUGCAGUCGUUAGCAUUGCUGCUUUGCCUUGCAAUGGACUGGUAUCCCGUCCCGGGACUCGGGUGUACCCUGCCUUGCACCCCUUGCUUGCUGGGAGUCCCCGGCGCCCCUACAACCCUGAAGUGGAAGUGGCAUUUAGAAAAUGGCUGGAUGAAUGGCUCUUUAAAUAUUUCCAAACUGUACAAAAUACCUGAAUGUAGUUUUUGCUUUAAUGUUUACAUAUUGUUAAAUUGGAUGCAGUUACAAACUUUUAUAAUAUACAAAAGUAAUGCAAUGGGAAGAAAGCAUUUAAGAGACCGCAAGAGCUAUUAUUUAUAAAUUAUGUACAUCAUCAUUAACUUGAAUGUAUUGUUGCCUUAAUUUUCAACUGUACAAUAUACAGAAAUACUUUGAGGUAAAAAAUAGUGCUGAACUGCAAGCCAACUUAGUACUACUGUUUUCCCCUCCAAACAUCCAUCUCUAAGCUUGUAAAUCAACAGACUUGUAAUAAACUACCGCAAAACUGCA